GAACGCACUCAAACAUUGUAAACAAUACAGCGAUAAAAAUAUUUUAUUUAUAAUUCUAUCCAAUUAAUCUUGCAAUAAAUCUUCUAUUAGAAUUGAGAAUUAUGGAAGCAAAGCUUGAAAGUGUUUUAGAUAACAUGAUGCAAAAUGAGAACACAAUAGGAGCUGUUAUAACAGAUAGUCACGGGCUUUGUUAUGGAACUCGAGGAAAUUCAUCAGGGAAUUCAUCUGGAUUGAUAUCAGCAAUAGCAGAUCAAGCAGCAAAAAUCCAUCCCAAUAUUGAUGCUCCUGUUGUUAUACUCGAAAGUGCUGAUAAGUCUGUUUCGAUAUCAAAACAUGGAUUUUAUACUGGAGCUGUUUAUAAAUCAAAAUCUUCUCCAAAGAAGUGAGGACAUCAUCAGAAGUGAAGAAAAUAUUAAUGAAAUUUUAUAUGAGCUAGUGCAUAAAUCAAAUUUAAGCUUAACUUUUUUCAAAUAAAAUAUUUUAUUAUGAACUAU